AUGUCAGUUAGAACCGACCUGAAAUUCAAAUUCCAACCGGUCUCGAAAUUCGAAGUUGAACGAAAGCUAAAAUCAAUUAAACGCAGCAAAGCAACGGGUCUCGAUGAUUUACCUCCAGGGUUACUGAAAGACUCUGCUGAGUUGAUAGCUGCUCCCUUGACGCACUUGGUUAACCUCUCACUAGCAACAAACAUUUUCCCAGCUGAUUGGAAAAAUGCCAAGAUCAUACCAAUAUAUAAGUCUGGAGCACAUUCAAACCUAGAUAACUAUCGACCAAUAUCGAUACUACCGGUCCUGUCUAAAAUCAUUGAAAAGAUAGUCCACCGUCAACUAAUGUCAUUUUUGGACAAAAAUUCUCUCUUGUCUGAGUUUCAGUUUGGCUUCCGCCGUGGCCUUUCGACUGAGCUUGCAACAACCUUAUUAUUGGAUGAUAUACGUAGAGAAGUUGAUUCGGGGAAACUAGUUGGUGCCGUAUUUAUUGACUUGAGUAAGGCUUUUGACACAAUCAGCCACGCAAAGUUACUAGAUAAACUUUCUCGAUAUGGAAUAAAUGACGGUGAGCUUGAAUGGUUUAAAGACUACCUUUUCUCCCGUAAAGCGGUAGUAAGCUACAAUAACUGCUUAUCUGAGGUACACGAAAUCUAUUCUGGUGUUCCGCAGGGAUCGAUAUUGGGACCAUUGCUGUUCUUGGUUUUCUUCAAUGAUAUAACAGAUGUGGUAAACCAUUCCAAAGUCAUUAACUAUGCUGACGACACUGUUUUGUACGUUGCAGACAAGCAGACCCAAUCAAUUCAAGCAAAAUUAGAUAAAGACAUGGAUUCGAUUGCUGGCUGGUUGAAAGAAAACGAACUGAUAAUCAACCUAAAGAAGGGCAAAACGGAAUCCCUUCUAUUUGGAACUGCCAAACGAAGAAGCAUGCAAACUGAGCCACUCGAGGUCUCCGUACCAUGCUCCACGCGGACUACAAUAACGAAUACAUCUGAUUAUAAAUAUCUUGGCGUGCAUGUGGACGGAUCACUGAGUUUGAGUUCUCAGUUUGAAAAAAGUCUCAAGAAAGCAUCAGGGCGGUUGAGGCUCUUGUUUAAGAUAAGAGAUCUUCUCGAUUUACCUUCGGCCAAAGCCAUUUAUCGCACGAUGAUCAUGCCCAUACUUACGUAUUGUGGCGUACUGCAAUUAAACCUAGGUCGAACGCAGCUGGCCAGACUUCUAUCAUUCCACGACCGUUCUGUGUCCACUGUGUUCAAAGGGGAACAGGCGGGUGAACAACAUCUUAUAUCUGCUGUAAAUUCCAACAAAUUAAGAGCAUGCAAACUGGUGCGCAAAUGCAUUGAUAAUGACAUUUGUGAUAUUUUUAAAACUUACUUCACAAUGCAGCAACAUGGCAGAGAAACAAGAAACAAUAACAAUAUGAUAAAGCUACCAGCGAUUAAAACUGAGUAUGCUCGUAAAUCUUUCUAUUUUAUGGGAGCUAAGAGUUAUAACGACCUACCUAUAGAAUUAAGAAAGAUUGAGAACAAUCCGGAUUUUGAGAAUAAGGUUACGGAACAUUUUAAUGAAUUAUAA